AUGGCGCGCACCUUCCCAUCCGAACUGUACCAUGCCAUUCUGCUUGGUCUCUCGCGAGAGGAUCAGCGCACGUGCCUUUUCGCUUCACGCCACUUGCACGACAUUGCUCUGGCCCAACUCUUCCGUCACAUCACGAUCAACUUUGGGACCUGGGAGGACGAGGAAGAGGAGGAAGAGGAAGAGGAGGAAGAGGAAGAGGAGGAAGAGGAAGAGGAAGAGGAAGAUGAAGAUGAAGAGGAGGGCGAGGAGGGGUCAGAAAGUGUGGCCAAGUCAUGCCCUACCUUCAACAUGCUCCGCCACAUAGUGGCAACCCCGUCCUUCGCCGGACUGGUGAGUUCACCAUCUGACACGCUCGCUGCAGGUGCCGUGGAGGCGGCUUUACGUGCCAUCGGUGUGGGGUUGAUUUCGUUCUCGUUGGUCGCAUGGCAGCCAAACCUCACCAAGGUCCUGGACACGUUGGCGGUGCAUAACCAUAACCUUUUUUCGUUGAAUCUGACGUACGACUCCCUGGAGAUGGAGCCCCUCUCGUCCCUGCUCUCGCACUGCAACCAGUUGCGGGAGUUGGCCCUUUUCCUCAACCUGAAGUCGUCCUUCAGGGAUGAUCUCUCUACGGUGUUACGGCCAGGGCAGCAACCCUUCCUCUCUAGCUUCAAGCUCUUCCUUGGCCUUAAGAAAAAGAGGACCGAACCCCAUCCUCCUUGGGAAGAGAUGUUCCAAACCGUCUCGGCGUACCUCGCCAACCGCCCGACGCUCCGGCGUCUCUUGGUCUCGCCUACCAACAUGAACAGUCAGACAGCUGUCACAAGACAGGGUUGUGUCCCCACCUGCAGCAUCAUCGAACUUCUGCCGUCGCUUCCAGGCUUGGAGGUCUUCUCGUAUCAUCAGCCCCACUACGUCACAGGCCAGUUCACAGAGCCGGAUGUCAAGAGGUUGGAUGAGAAACUUCCGUUGGGCAUCACCGCCUUCGCACUCCAUAUGGAGGUGGACAAAGCAACUCAGGAGGGCAUAGACGCGUUCGUUGAGAUGGUCCUUCGCCGCCGACGUUUGCAAUAUCUCCACGUCGUCAUCACCAAGUACCACUACAUGAUGAAUGGACCGUACCGUCGGGCCCCCCUGGAACUGAUGCGAAAAAGACUUCUCGAAAACCCCCCUCCAUCACUGGAGCUCCUCGGCGACCAUAACUUGUUUCUGAACCUUUCUGCGCCACGCUUGGAACCCCAUAACCAGCCCGAGGGUUGGUCUGGAGAGAAGGUUUGGAGCCGCACCGUCGACGACUAUGGGAACGCCGAUUGGUUUUGGCUGACAGGAGAUGUCGAGUUGCCUGGUCGCAUGCCUGGUCCCUAG